AUGGCCAUCACCACUCACUUCACUCUGAACACUGGCGCCAAGAUCCCGGCCGUGGGAUUUGGAACAUGGCAGGCCAAGCCAAUGGAGGUCGAGAAUGCCGUUGAGAUCGCACUCAAGCAAGGAUACCGCCAUAUCGACUGUGCCGCUAUUUAUCGCAAUGAGGCAGAGGUCGGAAAUGGAAUCCGCAAAUCAGGAGUGUCCCGCGACGAGAUCUUUGUCACUGGGAAGUUAUGGAACACGAAGCAUGCCCCCGGUGACGUCGAGGCUGCUUUAGACAAGUCCUUGAAGGAUCUUGGUCUUGAAUAUCUUGAUCUGUAUCUUAUGCACUGGCCUUGUGCUUUCAAAGGCGGCGACAAAUGGUUCCCCUUGGACAAAGACGGGGUCUUUGAGCUAGCAGAUGUCGACUACAUCACCACCUAUAAGGCAAUGGAGAAAUUGCUAGCCACUGGCAAGGUACGGGCGAUUGGAGUUUCGAACUUCAACAUUCGUCGUCUGGAAGAGCUAUUGAGCCAAGUCACUGUGGUACCUGCAGCAAACCAAAUUGAAGCCCAUCCAUAUCUUCAACAGACGGAACUGCUAAAGUUAUGCCAGAGCAAGGGCAUUAUCGUCGAGGCCUACUCGCCCCUGGGCAAUAACCAGACCGGAGAGCCCCGAACCGUUGACGACCCCCUUGUUCAUGAUGUCUCACGUGAGGUGAACCUGGAUUCCGGUGCUCUUCUUGCUAGUUGGGGUGUCCAGCGCGGAACUGUGGUUCUGUCCAAGAGUGUCACCCCUUCGCGUAUUGCCUCUAACCUUCAGGUCCGGCAAUUGUCCGAGCCUGCUUUUGCCAAGCUCACUUCGUUGGAGAGACACAAGCGGUUUAAUUUCCCUGCCAUCUGGGGCUACAAUAUUUUUGAAGAAGUGAGUGAUGAGGCAGUUCGUAAAGCUGCAUUGGAGGCUGGCCCGUUAAACAAGACCAAGUUUGCUGUAUGA